AAAUAUCGGAAUCAGCAUAAGUAUCUAUCGGCAUCACUAUCUUUAAAAACCAUAGUUCUUGUUUUUGUGUCACAUCUUCAUUUCAUUUUGUUCAUCAGAACAACAAGUUUGACUUUUCUCAUUUCCUUAAUUUUUCUUUUCUUAGUCAAAAUAAUUCCACCAACUCCCAAACAAUCAAUCGUGCUCAACAGGUUAGCCAACAACAUUCUUACAUCUCUUUCUUUUCUCUUAAUUUCGUUUGUUACUGUUUCAAAUUGUGUUUUCAAAACUCUUAGUUGGAGAUUCAGUUGAUUAAAACUCAGAGAAUCUCUACACUGACCAACAUGAGUGAAGACCUGAAGAAAACUGCCUCUAAUGGCCAUGUGAAAAUGUUAAUACCUGAAGAACAGCAGGGAAAGAUCAAUGAGGUGAAAAAGCUAAUAGGGCCACUGUCCGGUAAGGCAUUGGUUUAUUGUUCUGAUGCAUCGAUCUCAAGGUAUUUAAGGGCACGGAGUUGGAAUGUCAAGAAGGCAGCUAAAAUGUUGAAGCAGACCCUUAAAUGGAGAGCAGAGUAUAAACCAGAAGAGAUCCGCUGGGAAGAUGUUGCUGAAGAAGCAGAAACCGGAAAGAUCUACAGAUCAAAUUAUACUGACAAGCAUGGGAGAACAGUACUUGUAAUGAGACCUGCUCGUCAGAACUCGAAGACUACAAAAGGACAAAUUAAGUAUUUGGUGUACUGCAUGGAGAAUGCUAUUCUAAAUCUUUCACCGGAACAGGAACAGAUGGUCUGGCUGGUUGAUUUCCAGGGUUUCAAUAUGUCACAUAUAUCUAUCAAAGUGACACGCGAAACUGCUCAUGUAUUACAAGAGCAUUAUCCUGAACGGCUGGGUCUGGCAAUACUGUACAAUCCACCUAAAAUCUUUGAACCAUUCUUCACGAUGGUGAAGCCUAUAUUAGAUACCAAGACUUAUAACAAAGUCAAGUUUUGUUAUUCUGAUGAUCAGAACACCAAGAAGAUUAUGGAGAAUUUAUUUGAUUUGGACCAUCUUGAAUCUGCAUUCGAUGGUAACGAGAAUACACCAUUUGACAUAAAUAAAUAUGCCGAGAGAAUGAAAGAGGAUGACAAGAAGAUUCCAUCUUUCUGGACAAGGGAAAUCUCUCCAUCCUCAGUUGCAACUGAUGUUCCUUCUUUGGAUUCGAUUAAACUAGACACAGAUUCCGAUGCCUCUGACAAUGAGAAAAUAGUCCGUUCUUCUGACUCAGUGACGAACACCGGCUUAAUGGACCCUGAUCAAAAUUCGGUUAAUCAUGAGGAUCGGAAUGUGAGUGCUGCUGUGCAUUAGAAAGAGAAAUUACACAACUCAGCGCCUUCAAAAUUUAAAAUAGGCACUGAGGUAAUACAAUGCUGUGACAUUGUUUUCUGCGUGAAAUUUAGAAUCAAGAGACAUCUUGUUUACUUGAUGCUCAAUUUAAAAUGACAUGAUGUUACUGGAUUAAAGUUCUAACCUUUUAAACUGGCAUGGAAUGCUUACUUUUGACAGUAUAUAUCUAUUUUCUGCCCUCAUAGAUGGAAAUAUUGUUUAUUUCUAGUUGUUUAGACCAUACAAGUCCAUCUUCUCCUUCCAA